GAUGGAGUAUUUCCUGCGCGGAAGGAGAGGGGAAUGGCGCUGGCGGUCUCCGGUCGGCAACGGCGCCGUUGAUGCACUGGCACGGUGGCAGUGGCGACGCAGUGUGGCGGCGUCGGCUUUGUUGCAGCAAUGCGAAAGCCUCCAUGGAAGAGGAAGAGGUACAAACCCUGGUGCUAAGGGGAAAAGAGAUAGCUCAGUUGGCUCAGGCAUUAAUGGAUCGGAGGAAUCGGGAGUGGAAUGGCGUAUUCUGAGGCGAUGGGAGGUGCCUUGGGACUGGCAAACGGUUUCGUUAACCUCUCUUGCUUGUGUAAUUGGUUUUUUGUCGACAGGUGUGAUGGAUGCAAUUCAUAGGUUCAAACCUGAUGUGCUAAGUUUAAAUGUUGAGGCAGUGAUGCUUUUGUUAGAUAUAGGCAUAACAACUGCCGUUAUACUUGGAAUCAUAUAUAGUGUUGCCGACACUUUCCAGCCACUUCCUGAAGACUUCUUCAAAUACGAUUUGAGGGAACCUUUCAAUCUUCAAAAGGGUUGGCUUUUGUGGGCUGGGGUUGGACUUGUUAGUGCCUUUAUUGCCAAUGUAUUGACUCGAGUUGCUGUGUCAAUCUUCAGUGGAGGUCCCCCAAAAGGACAGACUGAUGCUCUUGUUAUCUUGGCUCCAUUAGUUGGAUCUUCAAAUCUAGGUACUGCCUGCCGCUUGGUUGUGUCAUGUGUUCUUAUUCCACUCCUUGAGGAGACUGUGUUUAGAGGAUUUCUUAUGACUUCUCUGACUAAGUGGGUUCCUACACCAGUUGCUGUUGUCAUUAUCUCCAGUUUGUUUGCCCUUGCACAUCUCCGUCCUGCACAAUUUCCACAUAUCUUUGUUAUAGGGUCUGUUUUGGGGUUUUCAUAUGCUCAAACUCGCAACCUUCUCACUCCAAUCACUAUCCAUGCCUUUUGGAAUUUACUAGUGAUAUAUGUUACUUUUUUUUCCAGGAAACUUGAUGGAAACAUUCUCUCGCUUACAUGGAUGUAGAGCAUCAUGUACAGUAUACAAUACAUACCCAUUUCUUUGCUUAUCUUCUCCCUUUCCCUGUUGUAAAACAUAAUCGGAUUGUUGCUUCAAACAAUGAAGAAAAAAUUAUUUGAUCAAUAUAUGCUAUGAACUUUGAAAUUGUCAGCAGGCCAGGUUGUAUUAAUCUCAAUAACUCUCAAACAUAAAUGUCAUAGAUGCAUUUUUUA